AUGGAUAACUUCUCCACCAUCGAUCUCGCAGCUCUUUGCGACGAACUUGACUUCGUUCAAGACGUGGAAGCUUUAAUGGCCUCCUCUACUAUGGGCGACGCAUUUGUGGCGGGAGAGGAUGGCCCUCCUGCUAAUCACGAGCGCCCCGGGGCUGGCGUCAAUCGCGCCUUUUGCGUCAUUGCCUGA